AUUCAGUGAUUCUUUUUCCUCUCUCCCUGAUGCGCACCUCAUCCAAAACUACCGCACUUCCGCCGCCGCACGGCGAUGCUCUCCUCGUCGCUCGCCUUCUCACCCCACCGCCUAGCCACUUCCACCGCCGCUGUUCGCCGGAGCACAUCUUCCACCAUCACGAUGCGGGACCGGGGCAAGAACCGGAAGCCGAUGCAGCGGGGGCGCUACCUCAGCACCGAGGCCAUCCAGGCCGUCCAGUCGCUCAAGCGCGCCACCCUCUCUGGAGCCCCCGCCGGCGGCGCCGUCGCGACGGACCCCAAGCUGCGGCGGCUGCUGAAGGCCGACAUGGUCGCCGUCUUCCGCGAGCUCGCGGCGCAGGGCGAGGCCCACCUGGCACUCAAGGUCUUUGAGGAGAUUCGAAAGGAGCACUGGUACAAGCCUAGGUUGUUCUGGUAUGUUGAUCUUAUUACAGUGCUUGCUAGGAAAGGAUUGAGGUCCGAGGUUGGCAAAGCCUGUUCGUAUCUGAAGAGGGAACAAUUGGAACCUGACACGGAUGGUUUCAAUCUGCUUCUGAAGACACUCUUAGAUGCUGAGUUCACACAAUUAACAAUGGACUGCUUCCGUCUUAUGAAACUAUGGGACACGGAACCUGACAGGACAACAUACAUAACACUUGUCAAGGGUCUUGAAUCCCUAGGAGAGAUGGAUCUAUCUGCUAAGAUGAGGUUGGAAGCAGAAAGUGACUAUGGUGCCCUCUGGGACUUCUUUGACGAAGAGGAGACGACUGAGACUUGAGCAGUUCGUUCUUAACAGGAUGUUGUAUGGCCAUGUCGGAAGGGAGUCGUUUAUGAAGUCUAUUAUGCAGUGUUAGAACAGAUGAAUGGAAGUCCAUGAUCUUGGACCCAGCAGAAUUUUUGUGCAACAAGUAGUGAUGAGUUACUAGUACCAUUAUCUACCCUAGACUUAUAAAUACUCAGUAAAGAAGGGCUACCUCCAGGCUGCAGCUUCGUCAGUUCAUGUUUUUCUCUAGGAGUGUAACUUGUUAGUUUUUCCUUCGAGAGGUUCUCUGUGUAUAAUCAAUCACAUUGCUACUUCUGAAUGUACAGUCACACUGAUGUGUACAAUCAAACUACUGAUAUAUUUUCAUGAUCUCAUUUCAGUAUAAAUGGCUA